GGCUCUAAUACAGAUCGGUGUCGGACAGGUACAGUGUGGGUAGAAAAAUGGGCAGUGGAAGCGUGACAUUGGAACCGGUAGAACAAACCCGGAAUAGGCUCGGCUUUUGGCAGCGUGCUCCAGAAUAAACGGCGCCUUGAGUAUAUAUGGUAUGACGCAGGGCCGGCUUAUGCCAGCCGAAAGCGUCAGUCAUUCAGCUCGGCCUCUUCUUCCACAACAUGGCUCCUGGGUAUAGAUUAGGUGUUGAUGUUGGCGGGUGAGUGGUCUCUUCUACUCACCUUCACAGACGUCUAUGUCAUCACACCUGACGGCGAGGCAGUACGCGCAAAAGUCCUCACAAAUACCACCGACCAGUCAAUAGGCGUGCAAGAGGGUGUCCUCCAGGCGCGCAAGAUUCUGAAAGACAAGUACGGCUGGGACGGGAAGUUUGAAUAUAUACAUCAUGGCACCACGACGGGCACAAACGCUGUGCUCGAGGGCAAGGGUGCCAAGGCUGGCCUUGUCGUCACAAAGGGCCACAAGGACAUCCUCACGGUGCGGAGGAGUCAAAUCCCAGGCGGGCUGGGCGCGUGGAUAAACUAUGAGCAGCCACCGCCUCUCGUCCCGCUGGAGCGCACCGUCGAAGCGAAAGAGCGCAUACAGAUCAAUGGGGAGGUGUUCCAUGAGCUGGACGAGAAGGACUUUCGCGAGAGCCUGCAAGACCUCAAGAAGCAACAACCACAGGCAAUUGCCGUCUCACUGCUCAACUCCUUUAGCAAUAAGGUCCACGAGGACAAGAUCCGUGGGAUCCUGAACGACGAGUUUGGCCCAGACGUCGAAGUCGUCACGUCGACAGAUGUGCUACCAGAGAUCCAAGAGUAUGAGCGGACAGUCACUACGGCAGCGAACGCUAUCGUCAAGCCUGUCGUCAAGAAAUAUAUGCAGAACCUACAGAAAAGCCUCGCCAAGGACACAGACGUACUACGCAUCCUGAAGUCAGACGGUGACCUCACCUCAGUCGACCUCGCGGGCGAAACACCCGUGCGCAUCCUCAUGAGCGGCCCAGCUGGCGGUGUCAAAGCCGUGUCACAUCUGGUGGCCAAGAACACGCCGUACAAGAAUCUCAUCACAUUCGAUAUGGGAGGCACAAGUACCGACUGCGCAUUACUGUCUGGCACAGAAGUCAUCAUUCGACGAGAGACUGAGAUUGGUCACUUGUCUGUUAGAGCACCAUCAGUCGAUGUCAGGACCGUUGGAGCUGGUGGUGGAUCCAUUGCCAUAUACAACGAAUUCUCGAAGAAUUUCCGUGUUGGCCCAGAGUCAAGUGGAGCAACCCCUGGUCCUGCAGCGUACGGCAAGGGGGGGACGCAGGCGACUGUCACUGAUGCCAAUCUGACAUUGGGAUACCUUCCAUCGAAGCUGUUAGGUGGCAAGUUCCAGCUUGAUGUUGCUGCAUCGGCGGCUGCUGUUGAAUCGAUUGGCAAGCAGAUGGGCAUGGAUGUCACAACAGCAGCUGAAGGCAUCAUUGACUUGGUUAACGAGACUAUGCACGGUGCGCUUCGUCUGGUCUCAGUUGAGCAAGGCUACGACCCUCGUGACUUUGCCCUUGUCGCGUUUGGCGGAGCCGGUCCUCUGCAUGCCAACUCACUAGGAAAGCUACUUGGCUCCUGGCCUGUUAUCGUUCCUCCUAGUCCUGGUGUGCUGUGUGCCCAGGGUGAUGCUACUACCAAGAUGUCCCAUGAGCAAAGUUGCACAUACAUCAAGGUUUUCUCUGACAUCACUGCGGACGAUCUCACUAAGACACUGAGUGAUCUCAAGACCAGCUGCGUGAAGACAAUGAAAUACUCCCUGAGGAACGAAGACGCUGCUUUGAAAGUCGUGUACCAGUCCGAUAUGCGAUACAAGGGUCAGGCAAUGACGCUGACUGUUGACUUCAGCGAGGACGACCUAAGGGAUACAUCAGAGUUGCUUAGUACCAUGCGCACUAUGUUCAACGAUCAGCAUCAGCAUCAGUUUGGUUUCUCCCACGCGGCUGCCGAGCUUGAAAUUAUGCGAAUGCGCGCCAAGGUGAUUGAUGCUUCUGAAGAGGUCGCCAUCAAGCCUAUUGAGCAAGCCGAUAGCUCCACGCCUUCUCAGGAUGCCAUCACUUUCAAGCAGGACAUUGUCUAUGAGGGCAAAAAGGUUGAGGCUACUUUCUGGGAUCGCACUAAGAUCACCAAGGCUGGCAUCAAGAUCUCUGGGCCUGCUGUGGUGACCGAAAUGGACUCGAACACCCUUAUCCUGCCUGGGCAUCUUGGCGAGAUCGAUGCAAUGGGUAACAUCCUCAUCUGGCCUGAAGAAAAGACGACUCAACAGAAGGUGGAACAACGCACGAGGGAGGCUGCCGUCGCACUCGUCAACGAACAACCUCUCAUCGCUACCCUCAUUGCAUCGGCACUCGGGUCCAUUCGACGGGAAAUGGACACACUGAUGUUACGUUGUGCCAUGAGUCCAGCCAUUCGAGAACAACAGGACGAGUUCAAUGUCAUUACCAACACACGCGGUCAAAUGUUGGUUGGUCAGUUUGGUAGUUUCAUCACGCAGUUCUUGAAUGUGUGGAAAGGUACAGUGGAAGAGGGCGACGUAUUCGUCACAAACGAUGUCUACCAAAUCGACGGUGCAGUAUCCCACUUGAACGAUGUCAUUGUCCUUUUACCCAUUUUCUUCGAGCACAAACUCAUCGGCUGGGCUGCCAACUUCGGCCAUCUUACUGAUAUCCAAGGCAAAGUUCCCGGUUCAAUGAGCAUCAACGCCAGCACUAUCUUCGAAGAUGGUCUCCAGAUUCCAAUCUGCAAGCUCUAUGCGAAAGAUGUGUACAACGAAGGCCUCGCAUCGGUAUUCUUCCGCAACUCCCGCAUGCCCGAUUGGUUCCAAAGCGACCUCGUGGCCCUUGUCACCGCCUGCAAAACAGCUGCAACACGUGUCCGCGAGCUUUGUGCUCGAUACGGUGUGGAGCUCUACGAGGCAGCAACAGACUACCUCCUCGAGCAAAGCCGUGUCGCGAUAAAAGCCAUCAUCGAUGAUAAGAUCGGCGCCGACAAGUCCAGUUUCACGGACUUUAUCGACGACGACGGUCAAGGCAUCGGCCCGUAUGCGAUAUCCUGUUCGAUGCAAAAGUCGGGUGAUAAACUAGUUUUUGACUGGGACGGCACAUCUCCACAAUCGAACACGAGCAUGAACUACUAUCUUAGUAUUACUAUGUUCAAGAUGUUUGUAGGAUACUAUCUCCUUGCCAUCUAUGACCCUCACGCCGUAGUCAAUGAUGGCUUCCACGACCUCCUCGAUAUCAAAAUCCCCACGGGGACCAUCCUCCGCCCUGUACGUCCUGCAGCUGUGAGCUGCCGCACGCAUCUCCUUGGCCGUGUAAUGGACGUCAUGCAAGCGCUGUUCGGCCAACGCAACGUAGCGUAUCGCUGUGCAGCAGGCUUCUCCGACUCCCCACACUUAUUCUACUCUGGCUUCAAGCCCGACGGCGAAUUCUACCUCUUAUAUCAGAUCGGGUUCGGCGGCGUCCCCGCGCGGCCGAUCGGCGAUGGUCCGGAUUGUCAUUGUUUGUUUCCCGCGAUCAAAUCCAUUCCUGCCGAAAACAUAGAACUCUACUACCCCGUCAUCAUCGAGGCCAACGAGGCGCUGCCAGAUUCUGGGGGCGCAGGCUACUUCCGUGGCGGGAAUGCGCAAAGAACGCUGUAUCGAUGGUUGUGUGAGGGUGAUGUCAGCAUCCACGACGAUAGGUGGAUGAUUAAGCCCUGGGGCGUAGACGGUGGUAUGCCAGGCCACCGAUCGAAGAAAGUCCUCUACCGCAAUAACUCGUACGGCACGGAAAGUGAGAAGGACAACAUGGAGCUGUGCAAGAGUAAACAAGACUAUAUACACGUGUAUCCCGGAGAUGUCCUGGAGUGGAUAACCUGGGGCGGCGGCGGCCUCGGCGACCCACUCACACGCCCUGCUACCAUUGUGGCCACAGAAGUGCACCGCCGCCUCGUCACGAUCCCCGGCGCAGCUGCAAAUUACGGCGUUGUCGUUCGCCCUGAUUUCUCCGUCGACGAGGCAGCGACGCUCGAGCUGCGCGAGACAUUGCGCCGCCAGCGCGCCAAAAUACAACAAGGCACAAGGGCCAACGGGGACGUAAAUGGAAAUGGAAGUGUAAACGGAGAUGGCGGGACUCAUACGGAGAUGUGGUGCAAUCGCGGCGGCACGAUUCGACAAGUCAUGGAGCGGUGCGCGGAGGAAACGGGACUUGAGGCGCCGCGGCCGCAGUGGGAGAAGAAUCCUUAUGGGCCGCAUGUGGGGCUGCCGUAUGUUAAGGAGUGGUAUAGGAGGAUGAGAGAGGGGGGGUUGGAGUUGUGGGAUGAUGUGUAGGACUGCUAGAAUCAACACUCGAUUUGGCGUUGAAGAGUUGCAUCGAUGUUGUAGAAUGACGAGAUGGAUCUGUAUGGAUGUAUGGAAAGAUUGUGUACCCCUUGCGUAACCAACGAAAGCAGAACCUUGUUAGUCCCAUGGUCAACGCCGUGCGUAACCUGAGAUUGUGGCACAUCAACUCUGCACCCGAGAAAUCAAGAAGUAGAUUCAAGACUUCUAACCAUGAAAAGAUGAUU